UAGAAUAAUUAUCCAAACAAUCUUUUGUUGCACUGCUUUGAGUUUAGUGUUUUAAGCGUUAUGGCACACCCCUAUUCCAGAGUGAUGUGUCCCUACAACAACAAAGUAACAUGGCGAACUCGAUGGAGAGUGUUGGGAGUUGGACUCCAAAACAGGUCGGGUUGUGGCUAAAAGGUUUGGACGAUGCAGUCCAGCCCUACAUCCAGAGCUUCAUCCUGGCUGGGGUCACAGGGGAACAACUACUCAACUUGUCACACAGAGACAUGGACAGGUUAAAUAUCACCAAGCUGGGACACCAAGAACUCAUUCUGGAAGCUGUAGACCUCCUUUGUGCCUUGAAUUUUGGCCUGGAAAACGAGACCCUCCAGUCGCUGACAGUUGCGCUGGGUUUGAACGUAGAGAACUUGGACAUGGCCAUGACUGUGAGGAACCAACAGAGCAUCCUGGUGGGCCUGGCUGGUCCCAGGGACAACUACAAACUCCCACCAGACAUCUUACGUGCAAUCUGUGACGUCCUAAGUGCUGCAAAGGCUGUUGUGUCCUGGUUAGACAGGACUCCAUUUGUACAAAUGAUGAAUUACAUCGCAAUAAGGAACAGGAUAGUGAGAAUAUGCCUGGGCUUCACCUCCAGUAUACACAAGGACCCUAAUAAAAGAGAUGCAGAAGAGACAGUUGUGCCAUUGUGUAAGGAGCUUGCCAUGUUAAGUCAGAGUCUUCAGCUGUCUGUUAAGGAUGACCCGCAGGUGUGUUCCGCAGCCAGGGUGGAGGUCAUCACACUAACCAACGUGGACCACAAGCUGGGGCUGGGGAUGUUCAUACAGUCGUCAUUCAAUGGAACACACUAUGUCACAGGAACUAAAGAAGGGUCCCCAGCCUACACCUGCAAGAGAAUCCACCCGGGGGAUGAGAUCCUACAGGUCAACUAUCAGACAGUGGUUGGCUGGAAACUUAAAAAACUGGUGGAUGCUCUCAAGGAGGAUCCCCAUGGGGUAGUCAUCACUUUCAAGAAGAGACCAAAAACAUCAAGAUCAUCAGGAACCCCUUCUAGACCCUCGUCGGGCUCCUCCUCCAGGCUGUCCCAGAAUUCCCGGCAUUCCUCAGGCAACCAUAUCCGCGGCCGGUCCCUGGAUUCCGCGUCGCCGGCGAACUCCGUAGGACGGGUGCCGCCCUCUCCGCUUGUGGAGCUGUACCUCCCUCCUCCUCCGCCCGAGCCAUACAAACCCAGGCAAAACUUCUUUGACCGUGUGAGAACACCAACUUCAAACAUUACCCAGUCCCAGGUUCAAGUUCACCAGCCUCUGUGGGAGGAUGAGGACAUGAGCCCCCCUCCCCCUCAGCCCUUGAGUGAUAGAUCCCAGAGUGUACACAUUCCUACCCACAGGCAGGACCAGCAGGCUACUUGGGAUGAUGAUGAGAGGAGUCCCCCUUCCUCACGCCCCCUGAGUGGGAGGUCUCAGAGUGUCCAUUUUCCUAGUCAUGGACAGAGAACAUACUGGGAUGGUGAUGAGGAGCGCUUCAGUCCCACAGAUGCUCCUCCGUUUUCUAGUAGAGCUCAGAGCUUCAACCAGCCCAGGGGACAGCAGUGGGAGCUCACGCAGAGGGAUUUUUCCCAACCUCAGCCUCCAGUAACCAUGGCGGAACAAAGCAUGUACAGCUCACCCCCGCAGAACCAAUGGAUUCCAUUCCCUGAAAAUGUUUCCCAUGACGUGGAAACCCCUGCCCAGGCUAGCAGAUAUGAAAGUAUAGAUGUGCAGCACUGGGAAGAUGUAGUCCAGAGGUCGUCUGUUUCUUUCCCCCAACCAGCACGUUCCCACAGCCUCCAUGUCCCCAUCUAUGGUCCACAGUGGGAAUCAGAAGGAGAGGUACCCCCGGAGGAGCCUGUACCAGCGUACAUGCCCCGUGGUGGGCACCGCCGCUCCAAACGGGAAGAUUCUGAGGAGGAAGGAGCAUCUAUUGAUUCCGUCUCGACUGUUGUGACCCGGUCGCCGGUUAGCCCAGCAUCCCCACAGUGGGAGGAGGGAGAGGGCCUGAGCCCCACCAGACCACUACCUCUCGGCGCUCGUUCUCCAAACUACCUCCUGGAUCGGCAAAGCAAGUACAGGCGGUCCGCUACGUUCAGCGAGGGGACGGAGAACCACGACCCCUCCUUCAGGCUGGCACAGGAAACACGAGAGACGCUGAGGGAAGCAAUGCUGCGCGCUCGACAGAACAGAAAGGACAGGCCGCGGGAAAGGCCAAAGUCACUUCCACCAGACACGGGCAUGCAGGGGUUCAGGGCAGGCGGUGAGAGAGAAGAGAGGAGAGAAGUCAGUAACCAGAGACUCUCGGAUCACGUCAGGAUGGAAGUGGAGACAAUCUCAGAAGCAUCAACAUCUGCUGAGAGUUCCCCUCAGAGAUCCGUCCCACCCAGGCCGUUGUCCCAGCCGGAUUCUGCCCCACGGCCUCUCUCAGCAGACAGGGAAGUCAUUGUCAUUGACAAACAAAAUGCCAUCAAAGAUUUCGUCCCUUCCAACCUUAGAAAACUGACAGGAGAUAUGUCGUCCAUGCCGGCGUUUAGAGUGGAAAGGGAAACACGACCGAGGGGGAAGAACGCGUCUCGAGGCCCUCCUCCUCCUUAUGAGCGAUCGAGGAUGGACGGAAGACACUCCUUUAAGAGUGUUCCAGAGGUUUCUAAGUUACCCAUGGAUGAAGUAGCAAGAAGGACUCGACCACUGACCGAGCAGUUUUCCGCCAAGCUGGCCAUAUUUGAAGGGGGUUCGGAGAGCAAUGUCAUGAAAAGACCACAGAGGAAACAUUUUGCAGAACGUGUUUCUGAACUUCAGGAGGCCGUGAAAAGUCCAGCAAAAGAUGAGAGUAAGGAAGAAGAAGAAGAGUCCAAUUUCCAAAGGGGGGUGGUUGGGAAAGCGGAAACUGAUGAUUCCACAAUAAGGACAACACGAUAUGUGCACAGAAUCUCACUCAGAUUCAAGAAAGACAAGGACAAAUCCGAAUCUGCAGGUGCAAACCCAGAAGGUGCAUCCCCUCAGGCUGCAGAUUCAGAGCCUGCGAAUGUGCUGCCAGUUUCAGUGCAACCAAGUAAACAAAGUUUCAGGAAGGAGUCGCCAGAAGUUGCUAACCUGGAUGACAUCCAAAGUAGAUUUGCACCCUCUCCGAUAGUCCCUCCCCCCAACCAGGAAAGGUUGGUAAGGGAAAAGACCAAGCAGUUCACCAGGAGGAUGGAUCCUGUGGAAAGUGCUAGGAUUGUGGAGCAGGAGCCCAGUUAUUCUGGGUCUCCCAACAAGGAAGUGAAAUACGAUACUCCACCUUUUCCUGACCAGAGGGACUCAGUCAGGGAAGCCAGGACCAACCCAACUGUGCAGAAGCAGGAAGUGUUGCCCAAGUCUCCCACUUCCGCACCAGGAAGCUACUCUGUGAAAAUAGUUGGAGGGGUGCCAGUCAGAAUUGGAAGUACAUCACAUGUGCAACAGAAUAUGAACACAGCCAAGAACCCUUUCUGCAGUUGUCUCUCUCCCUCCUACUCGAGAGUGUCCUUCCAAAUGCCACCUCCAGAUCAGUCAUCAGUUCGUCUGAGAUCCAAGAACAAGGUCACCGGCACUCAGAAAUACUCAAGGAGAAGGAUGUCUUGUAAGGACCUAGGAAAUGGGGACUGUGAAGGAUGGCUGUGGAAGAAGAAGGAUCAGAGGAAGAUAUUUGGACAAAAGUGGAAGAAGCUGUGGUUUGUGCUGAAGAAGUUCUCCCUGUACUACUAUGCUGGCCAAGAUGCUCUGAAGGCUGAGGGAAUCAUCAACCUGCCUGAGUACUCUGUUGUCUAUGCCACUGACACAGAAUGUGGGAGGAAAUUUGGAAUAAAAGCCUCCCAUAUGGAAAUAAAGACCUUCUUUUUUGCAACAGAUAGUAAAGAGGACCGUGACAGAUGGCUGAACAAGCUCCAGCUGGCGUCCAUCCAGUACGACAGGCAGAGUAUCCAUGAUCCAGAGCUGAACAUUCUGGAGCUGGCCAAACAGUGUCCAGCCAUCGUAGAGGGCUUUGGUUACUACAGCGAGAGUGAUGAAGAAAGUGAGCCUCCAUCUCCGAACCCCGUAAGUCCUACCAGACAGAGCCCAAGUCCCCCACGAAAAAGGAAGGAGAGUUCUCCAGAACGACCUGUAUUUGAUGACACCCCUGUGGUAAGCCCUGUUGCCACUGCCCCAGUUGGAAACAGCAUGAAGAGGAGCAGGGAGAAGCCUAGGAAGCCCAGCUACCUGGCAGCCUUUGAUAUGAACGGGACCAAGAAGAGCCCUCCCUCGGAGAGGAAAUCCCCAUCCAACCCUCCAAGACCACCUUAUGACCCUCCAAGACCCCCACAUGACCCUCCAAGACCCCCGUCCAACCCCCCAGUGGAACAAUGGGGACAGUUGUCCACCACUAGCAGUGACUCUGAGUGUACCCACGUCACUCCCAUAUCUUCAACAUCCUCAUCAUCCUCUACCGCCUCCUCGCCGAUGUUGUUACUGCCUCCGCCACCGCAGUUUGGAUCCACAGAUGAGCUGAAGAACCUGUACCGGCAGUCUUGGAAUGUCUUACAGGAGGAGAAGAUGAUGAAGAUGCUGGAGUUGGGGCAAGGGAAUCUGUCGGAGAAGCAAGAGAAGAAACUGAAGCUACAGAAGCUCACCAGAGUGCUCAAGGAUAAAGAAGGAAACCUGGAGGCCAUUGACAGACUACUCAAGAGUCCACAACUCACAUCAAGAGAAGUGCAAGACUGGAAGGACCAGAAUCAGCACAUUCUGGAAGAUGUAGAGAAACACAAAGAUGGGGCAGACCCUCCACAAAGGCCCCCUUCUACUAGUUCUAGGCACAAUUCUCAGUCAGGGCCAGUACCAAAGCCAAGGACUUCUAUCCACAGAAAUAGCCAAGGACCAAUUGAAGAAAUGACCCAGAGACUGAGCAUUACCAAACGUCCUCUCAGCACAGAUCUGGACAGAAUAGAGAGCGAUGCUGGCAUCAAGCCACCUCUACCUGAGAUAGAUGAUGAUGAGGAUGAUAGUUACUCCAGUACAAGCCUUUAAAAACUGCUGGACCUUUUCAGUUUGAAACUACAGGCACUAGCAUGAUAUUAAUAGGAACUUCUAACUUAUCACAAUGUCAAAGAUGAUAGAGAUCAAAUUUACUAAAAAAAAGCAAUUUUGACUAAGCCUGUGAGCUUAGGAAAUUUAGAAUAUACUAAAAUAUACAAAAGAAUAUUCUAAGAUAUUUGAAAGAAAAGAUAGAGACUGGUUGAUCUAUGGAUCACUUACUUUUCCUUCCAUAUACAUGUACCUAUUCUAUUCAUAAAAAUCAUGUUCACAUUACAGAUACCUAACAAUUUUAAUCUUGAUAAAAUCUUGAUACACUAAAUUAGUGUAAUAUCUGUAAAGUCUGUGCAACCAGAUUGUAAGGUUUGUACAUAGUUCGGCAGCUUUUAAACACAUCUUUUCAGUUGUAACUUUAUAAUCAUUUCGAAAUACAACAUGUACCAUUUGUAAAGGCCCUGUUGGUUCUAGAUAGUAUAUGACAUUUCUUGAAAACUGAAACCCAUACAAUACAAUUGCUAAUCAGAUACUUCAAUGUAAAAGUGUGUUUGAUGUUAUGCAUAAAUGUGUUUUCCACUAUUAAUAUUAUCAUACUUGUAGAGUGUGACUACAUUGUUGUAUAUCUUUAUGUUAUCUGUAAAUACUUGAUGAAUAUUAACCUAUGUAUCAGAAGCUGAUGUCCUUGCAAAAUUUUAAAGGUGUAAAAAUUAUUCAACUCUGGUGUUUAAAAUUGGUUUGUGAUAUUAUAAACAUUUCCAGUUGUCAGCCUAAAUGGCUCUGAUUUUAGCAGAGAGAGUACCUUAUAUAUGAUUUUAAAAAUUGUGUAAUGUAUGUGAAUAGUGCAUAUUAAUCCAAUGUAUUUUAGGCACUUUGUGAAUGAAGAGGUUUGUAUUUUUGAGAGCAAGACUAGGUAGUGUUGUAGGGUGUAUUACAGGUGUUAAAUGGUAUGGUGUCGGGGAAAUUGUUUGGUAGGUCAAAUAAGAAUGGAACAACCAUUGAUAGUAUUGGUAGUCUUGUGUCAAAUGCAUGACUGUGUUAUUCUGCACCAUACUUUGAUUUUUUACAAAGCUCAAGCAUGCAAAAGUUUUCCCCGCAAGUGCUAAGCAGGAAAAAACUUCUGCCCCCCUUUGUUCCAUCUUGGUUUGUACCUACCAGACAGUAGGUAAAAGGUGAUGGGUGUGGUUUUAUAAAUUAUGGCAAGGAGAUUGAAUAGAACCUCCUUGAUUAUGGUGAAGGGUUGAGAAAGGUAACAGUGAACUAAGAAAGAAGGAUGGAGGGUUCACUGUGUCAUGUGCCUGAACUACAUUGAACACGUAAACUAUCACACGCCUAUAGUGCCUGCUUAUGUGUAUUAAGUACUACAGCAAUGUGAUACAUGCCAGAUUGGCAUGAUGGGUUACAUACUACGCAUUUCAUAUUCAUCUGUGUACCUAUAUUAUUCAUCAGUGAUAUGGAAAAUAUAACAUUCUCAAACUUACAAAUGAAUGAUGUUUAAUGAUUUGCAUUGUCAAGGCCAACUCAUACUGGUCAUAGUUGUUCAUCGGGUCAUUCCAGCAAUAAUGUUUUUCUUUCAGCUAUUUCACAGCAUUUUGUUAACAUCUCAGCCAUGCUCAACUAGGAGGUAGAAUUGACAAAAAAGAUUGGUGCUCAAAAUUCCUUCAGCCUUUCAUUCUUUAUAAGUUUAUCCAAACAGUUCAAGACCAAAACAUCACAUCAUAGUGCCCAAAUGGCUUGCAAAGCAAUUGUGAGGUAUCUGAUAAGACCAUGAAAAUCAAAGACCAUUUAUUAGAGUUGCCUUUGAAUUUGUUUAGGUCACUUUAAAGAUGAAUUGGACCAAAAAGAUGUUUGCAAUGCUAUUGAUGAAGCACCUUGCCUUAAAUUACAGCAUGUGUCACUUCUGUGUUGUGCCUCAGUAUAUGCCUGGAUUCAGUCGUAACACAUACAACCAGUUAACUAAGACUCUUCCAGAAUAAUACCUUUGACUGUGUACUUUGUAUACUCAGAAAUAAAAAAAGCAA